AUGGGAAAAAUCCUCAAGCCUGAAACUUAUAAACUGGAUUUAGGAUGACCCUUUAAUCAUCAAUCUGUAUAGUUUUUCUUUCUUUUUUUUUUCCCAAAAAAAGUUGGGAUCAUCUUUUCUUGUUUGCAGCCCUACUUUUAUUAGUAGUAAUUAAUCGAAGAAUCGGAGUAGCAGCAGCGUCAAAUUACUUACUUAUUAGGAGGAGCAGGGACGAUGGCCUCCUCCCGCUGCUGCUGCUGCUUUGGCUUUACCACCACCGACAUCCCAAUUACUACUACUACUACCACCACUCGUAGUUAUCGCCCCCAAUUUGUUCAGCACAUGAUUCAGCUGCAGCAGCUCCCACCUCACCCCUCUAACCCCUGCCGCCACUUUUUACAUCAUUCCCCCGCUUCUUCUUCUUCUGCUCGACUACUAAAUGCAACAUCGUUGCCUUGCACCUCCUCAUCUUCAUCUUCUUCCUCACCCUGGGAUGAUAAACCCUACGAAUUGUUGCCGAAUGGCAGAAUAUCAUACUUGGACGAGCAGGACAUCGUCUCAUUUCUUGAUCCUCCCAAACACCUCAUUCCUUUGGACCCCUCUUCUUUCAAUCCCGCCUCUUAUCUUUGGAAGAAAAUUGAGGAUAUUCCAGAGGAAAGGCGGCGUCGUUUGCUUUCUUUGCUCAAUCCCAGGCUCAUAUCAAGAGCAUGGGAAAUAGCAGGCACGCGGUAUGACGAUCCCAAGUUAGCUGUGAAAAGCGCAUCCAAUCUGCUCUCUCAUGCAGAUGAUCAUGCAUUGCCACUUGAAUUUUGGAACUGCCGAACAAGUGGAGGGCCACUUGCCAUUGCCUGGAUGAAAUAUUUCAAGAAGGCAUUGUUUUACAGCAAGGAAAGGACAUAUGGACGAUUCAUUGGGGGAUCUCUUCUGGAGGGAAUUUCAAGUUCCUUUAUCCCGUUGUAUUUCACGAUCAUCAGAGAAAUCCACGAAGUAGUGUCGACAGAGCAGCCUUGCGAUUUAGCAUAUGAAUUCGGUGACGGACUGUUGGAUCUCUCGGAUUAUCCCCGGGGCUUCCCCAAGCCAGUGCUGUUCUUACGCUACAUUUCAGCAAAACAUCCAUGGCCUUUCUGCGAUCAAGUUGUCGUAUAUGUCCGUCAUCUGGGACCCGGAGUAUUGGUUGGCCAGGCUUGGCAAGAAGGGGAAGCACUGGAACAAGUUCCUACAAAGCUUUGCGGAGAGAUUUUAAUGGUUAAAGACAAUUCUGGUGGCAUGUGAAAUAUUCUCCUACUCCAUCCUUUCUCUUUCCUUUUCGCUCCAGUGUUAUGUUGUUGUUGUUAAUUCUUCAUCAAGAAGGUGGGAAAAUGAAUGAAAAGGCAGGCCACAAGGCAUUUUCGUUCAAGUGAA